UCUUACAAACGUGGAAGCCACUGUGUGGAAGCAAUUGAAUUAAUUUUGAAAGUUAGGGUUUGUGCUCUAAGGAAGAGAAGAGUAGCACCCCUUCAGAUUUGCUCUUUGGAUGUUAUUGAGAUUUCCAGGCAACUAAGUAGCAGACUGUUGUCAGGUUCAGAUCAUUCAGCUCAUUUCGUUUAUAGGCCUCUUUUGCUGGUUGAAUCUGUCUUGAAUAAGGUUGUAGAGGAAUUUGAGCAGCGUAUCGCUAGCCAAGGUGAACAGAUGAAAACAGCUUCAAGAGAUUCUGCUUCUGAAAGCUACGGGUCUGUUUCAAAGUUUGUUAUGGAAGACAAAAAGGUAGAGAACAAAAUUCAUACGGUAACAAGGGAAGAGGAUUGUAUUAGUAAAAAUCGUGUGGCUGCUGGGGAAUUGCAGAGCCAACUUCUGAAGCAGCAAAUGCUCUUUAACCAACAGCAAAGAGAUAUUCAAGAGCUAAAGCAUAUUCUGCAUACCACUAAAGGGGGUAUGCAGCUCAUGCAAAUGAAAUAUCAUGAGGAGUUUUCCAAUCUUGGUAAGUUCAUUUAUUCUUCUUUUGCAGGUAUGCACAUCCAUGGCUUAGCUCAUGCUGCUUCUGGAUAUCACAAAGUUCUUGAAGAAAACCGCAAACUAUACAAUCAAGUCCAGGAUCUUAAGGGAAGUAUUAGGGUGUACUGUCGAGUAAGGCCUUUCUUUCCCGGACAAUCAAGCCAUUUGAGCUCAGUAGAAAACAUAGAAGAUGGAACUCUUACAGUUAAUGUCCCUUCAAAGAAUGGGAAGGGGCACAGGUCCUUCAAUUUCAACAAAGUCUUUGGACCAUCUGCAACCCAAGGAGGUCUUCAAUUUGGCAGUUGCUUGACUGUUCAUGUUCAAGGAAGAGAUUUGACAUCUGGAGCUAUCCUUCGUGAACGCAUGCAUUUGGUUGACUUAGCAGGAAGUGAGAGGGUAGAUAAAUCUGAAGCCACAGGAGACAGACUAAAAGAGGCUCAGCAUAUUAACAAGUCACUUUCAGCUUUGGGGGAUGUCAUUGCUUCCCUUGCUCAGAAAAACUCACACGUUCCUUAUAGAAAUAGUAAACUCACACAGUUGCUCCAAGAUUCACUUGGAGGAAAGGCAAAGACACUAAUGUUUGUUCACAUAAGUCCAGAGAGUGACGCUAUUGGAGAAACAUUAAGUACCUUAAAAUUUGCAGAAAGAGUUGCUACAGUUGAACUCGGUGCUGCCCGAGUAAACAAAGAUAGUACUGCAGAUGUUAAAGAGCUCAAAGAACAGAUUGCAAGCCUUAAGGCAGCAUUGGCAAGAAAGGAAGAAGGGGAAUCAGAAUAUUCUUUAUCCGGAAGCUCAGACAAAUACAGGACAAAGGCUAGCGAGCUAUCACCUUAUCAUGUAAACCAGCGAGCUGCAGAUAUUGGCGAUCAGCCUGGAUGCCGGCGACCAAUGGUUGAAGUUGGGAACAUAGAGCUUCAGAGUAAUACCAAGUUGAGGCACAAAACUCAGAGCUUUGAUUUUGAUGAGAUAUCAGCAAAUUCACCGCCCUGGCCCCCAGUGAAUGUUCAGAGCUAUGGGGAGGAUGACAGAGAAACAGGUUAUGGAGAGUGGGUGGAUAAGGUCAUGGUAAACAAGCAAGACAUGAACAAAACUGAGAACCUCUUGGGAUGUUGGCAAUCAACUUAUGGGAACUUAUCACAGGCAUUUUAUCAGCAAUAUCUCCAAGAUUCUUCCAAUGACAUGGAUGAACUUGAUGCUGCAACCAGUGAUUCCUCGGAACCUGACUUGCUUUGGCAAUUUAAUCAUUCCAAACUUAACAGUGUGACCAAUGGGAUGGGAUCAAAGACUAUGAGAUCUGUCUCAAAGGCACCAAAAACCCCAGAACUGAGACGAUCGAAUAGUGCCUCACAUCGAACAGGAAGGCAUCCAGCUUCAGUUGACGUGAAACGGAAACCUGGGAGUCGAAAGUAAACACGUGUAAUUAUAAACGUACAAAGAGUGAUUUUUUAUUUAUUUUAUUUUUCAAAUUUUGUGACAGGGAGAGAGCUGUUGCUAUAAUUUUCCUCUUUGUAUUGUUUGUUUGUAAUUUGUAAUUACAGAGAUAAUGGAGCAAUAAUGCCUGUUGCUUUGUAUGUAUCAUGAUUCUUUUACUUUACACGGCAGCUUAUAGAGAGCAUGUAAAAAACUUCAAACUUCUCUGCUCACUGUAAUGAUUUUUUGUUUGCAAC